AGGCAAGGAUUACCACACAGUGUUAGAGAGAGGGUGCAAAAAAUUAAACACAAAGCUUCAAACUGAACAUUUUAACUUUUACUUCAGAUUGGCAAUAAGCGUAAAAGCAAAUUGAAAACAGAAUGGACAAGAAACAUUGCUGCGCCUUCAAUGGGUUUAAACUUGAUAAGUAGCAGUUCAACUGGUUUUCAAAGUCCAAUUUGGCUCCUCCUGUCAGUUUGAAAAACAAACUUCUUGGAUAUAGUUUGAGUAACAAUCAUUUGUUGCUGUGGUGGUGUACAGUGGUGCUGCUUGCAUUUUCUAAUGUAUUUCAGUUGUUGAUGAGUUGCCAUUUCAGGGAGAUACGGCACCUAACCCAGACAGGACGCUAUAGUGUGUCUGGUUAGCUUCAGCCCAUGUGUGCCUUGUUCUGAGAUAUAGAUAGUGUGCGCACUAUGGUACAGUCUGAGCUAACUUCCAUUCCGGUAACUACUGUGAGCUGGCAAGACCGAACUGCAGAAAAGAUCAUGGAUCACUCGUCAACUUCUUCGUCAUCGUUCAAAUCAAUGAGACAAAGCCGUCUACUGGAGAGAAGAGGUUCCAAUGUCUCCCUUACACUGGAUGUGAGUGCCUUGGGAAAUAUUGAACCCAUCAAAUCAAUCUCUACCCCACGAGAAAUUACUCUGCAGUAUCUACAGACCACCAGCUGUGUACUAAACAAGGAACAACUGAACGAGGCUACAAAUAACUCCCAGGCACUGGAAGCUGAAUUCUCGAAAAUUCCACCCAAUUUUAUUGAAUCCAAUGAACUGAAUAUCCCAGGCCAUGCUUCAAAGAACAGAUAUAAAACUAUUUUGCCAAAUCCACAUACGCGAGUCCUUCUGCCAACAGAGAAUCACGGUGAGCACCUAGACAAUCACCUGAGUUCAUAUAUUAAUGCGAACUACAUAAGGGGGUACGGAGAAAAGGAGAAAGCUUACAUUGCUACUCAGGGCCCCAUGGUAAAUACUGUGACUGACUUCUGGGAGAUGAUCUGGCAAGAAGAUUGUCCAAUAAUUGUGAUGAUGACGAAGCUAAAGGAGAAGAAUGAGAAAUGUGUUGUCUAUUGGCCAGAUAAGCAAGGUUUCUUUGGCAGGUUUGAACUUGUUGUAGAAAAUCUGAAGGAAUGUGAUGGAUACAGUGUACGGGACCUGAUCAUUAAGGAUACUAAACAGUCUCGGAGUGUAAAACACUAUUGGUUCUCCUCGUGGCCUGACCACAAGACUCCGGAUACAGCACAACCAAUUCUGGACCUCGUGCAAGAGGUGGAAAGGAGCAGGCAGGUUGCUGUGAACAGGGGUCCUAUCGUAGUCCACUGCAGUGCAGGAAUUGGGAGGACCGGCUGCUUCAUUGCCACGAGUAUCGGAUGCCAACAGUUAAAGGAAAUCAACAAAGUGGACAUUCUAGGGUUAGUGUGUCAAAUGCGGAUCGACAGGGGUGGAAUGAUCCAGACCAGCGAACAGUAUCAAUUCUUGCAUCGGACAUUGCAGCUUUAUCAAAACAGUUGCUCUAAGAAUUCAGAUCCAUCCACAAUUUCAAAGUGAAGUCUCAUUGUGAUGAAUGUUCAAUUGUAAAGGAAAAAAAGUAUGAUUGUGCAUAUAUGGCAACUAAAAUGCUUUUGCAAUUGAAUUGUUCUAAUAUUUAUGCUACAAUACAUUUUAAUUUCUCCAUAAUAUAAGAUAAUAUCUAUAUCUCAUGACCAUGUAUAUCGUUACACAUCGGUCAGCUCAGCGGCAUUCUGAGGCACUUUUCAGAUCAAGAUUCUGAUUGUUUCUCCAGUUGUCUUUUGGUCUCGCAGUCCUUACUAGUGGAUACUUCUUCAUUACAGGUGUCUUUUUUUUAGUUAGAAUAUUUCUUCAUAUGUUUUAUCUGUUUUAUGUACUCUUUGUUUGGUUUAGUUUAUUAAUGCCGCGUAUAUUGAGGCACAACAAAAACUUUUGUUAGUGUGCUAUCCAGUCAAAAGAAGACUAUACAUGAAUAUAAUCAAGCUGACAACUGUGGAAAUAUAAAUAAGAAAAGGGAACAACAUUUAGUGCAAAGAUAUAACAUUGAAGUCUGAUAAAGUCUGAUUAAAGAAAAGUUCAAAAGUCUCCAAUGAGUUAGAUGGGAGGUCAGGACCACACUUUUGGUGGUGAGAGGACCGUUCAUUUGCCUGUUAACAGGUUAAUGAACAAAACACCUGACAAGGAAUUAGAACAUAAUCGUGAUAAUUAAUGCUAUCUAGAAUCGUGCCCUCAAAUUCUAAUAGAUGGAACGUCAACUUUAAAAUUACUUGAUUAAUGUGCAUAAUUAAAAGCUCAUGAACACUUAUGAUAAUGUUGAUGGGCUAGUUAUAAGUUUAGUCGCAGAAUUGAAACUGAAGUCACAAAGUGCUGGAGUAACUCAGAUUGUCAGGCAGCAUCUCUGUAGAACAUGGAUAGGUGACGUUUUCGGGUCGGGACUUAUCCAUGCUCUCCAGAGAUACUGCUUGACCUGCUGAGUUACUCCAGCAUUUUGUGUCUUUUCUUUUGUAAACCAGCAUCUGCAGUUCCCUGUUCUAUGUUCCCACAGAAUUGAAGUUAAUCUAGCAGGUUAUAUCACAGCAGGUUCCACUGCCAUCAAGGUGCCCUAAUAAUGUGUUUCAAUCCAGCGUCAAGGACCAUCAUUCUUGUUAUUUUAUGGUUAUGGUCCAGAGUAAAACUUCUCCAUUUUUGUCAAGGUCAUUUUCAUUAGUAGUUCAUAAAGCUUCCUCAUCAUUAUUAAUUUUGCACACAUUAAAGCACAAAUACACGAAACACUUUAGAUGUAUAUGACAAUGGCACUUUAGAUGAAUACGACAAUGAGCCCAGAGUAUCAACCUUUCUCUAAUACUAACAAAAUUAAACCUCACUCAAACAUCGGUAAAGUGGCCAAGAAUAGAUUAAUUCUGCAACAUACUCUAUGAGAAAUAAAACAAAGAUGGUUGGAAGGAUGAACUAUGAGGGGGACUUCCUUCUACUUCCUCAACCUCUUGAAAACUUAAAUAUCACAAUAUUAUUUCAAUUACUUGAAUGAAGAUAAAUCUGAUGGAAAAUCAUAAUCUGCAAAUGUUCAAACCACAGUCUUCGCAACAUUCUACUUUUUCUUUUUCAUUUGUGGUAUUGCAGUUGCUUCCUAUCAAAUCAAAACCAGAUUGUGUUUGAUAAGAAUCUGAAUUAUCCAGCAUUCAGUUUAAAAUAUUUUAAUCCAAAUUAAGUGGGCUCUUAAAAUUGCAAAUGUUCUGAUUUUACCUGCAAGGAUUUUGCAAUACAUCUCCAUCACUUCCUUUACAUUCUUACUUCCAAUUAGCACUCAAGUUUCUACCACUAGCUCUUCCAACCACUAUCUUUCCAGAACUAUUUGGUGAAAGAUACAUAAACAAUCACCAGAGAUCAAUUAUUUAGUGAUCGGAAUCUGUGGAGAUGCUUUUCUUUCUUAUAUUGACUAAAUUAGGAACUUUGUGAAUGUUGGAAAUAUGCAGAUUAAAAACAUUAUUAUGUCUUCCUGUGCUAUAUACAGUACAAUAGCAUACAUUCAAGUACAUAACAAGUCAAGUGUGUUUAAUUGUCAUAUGUACUGACAAAGAAGCAAUAACAUUUUUACCUGCAGCAGCAUCACAGGCCUUAAACUGCAAACUAAAAACAGAUAACAUAUAAUGAACAAAAAAUCAAUAAAUUAAUAACCACAAUACUAGUGUAAAAAAAACAAAGUCCUUAGUGCAAUUACAGACAGUCCAUAGAGGUUUAUUGUUGAGGUUAAUGUUGUGUAGCGUUCAAGAGUUGGGAAGAAGCUAUUCUUGAACAAGGUCACAAAUAUUUUUGAACAUGUUGCACACCUAAGUUAUAAAAAAUACUUAAGGGAAAUGUAUUUAGAUGUAACUACAUUACUGUUAAUUCCUUAUUCAUAUCCUUAUAACUAAAAUAAGUUAUAAGAAUUGUAUUUUCCCCCAAGAAUAAAUGGAGAGCUAGUAUAAAUGAUGCAUAGCUGUAGCUGGGGUGGUGGUCCUCUUGGUUCAGUUUAUGAAUUAAUGGUCCAUUACAGAGACUGGAAAUAAACAAUCUAGGCUGACUCUCCAGUAUAGGACCAAAGAAGUAGUGCACUGUAGUGCCAAUACUUCAGUAGUUACAGUAGUUCAAUAGUUUCAGAAGGAUCUCAACCUGAAACAUCACCCACUCCUUCCCUCCAGAGAUGCUACCUGAGUUACUCCAGCAAUUUUAUGUCUAUCUUCGGCAUCUGCAGUUCUUUCCUACAUAAGUGGUGCACCGAUGAUGUGGCACCUUAUAGAUGAGAUGAUAAAUCAUAGCCUCUUCUCUUUUGAGCAGACGUUAAAAAAAUCAUGACACUAUUUGGUCGUGGAAAAUAUCUUUCCCUCAAUCACUGUUGUUUGUAUGGAUUAUCACGUCGCUUUCAAUGGGCUGCAUGCAAAUUUGUUGCUAACAAUAAUUGCCAAUAAUAAACUAAACUAAACUAAUUUCCUCACAUUUCAACUCUUCAAUUCUACAAUGCACUGUGAUAGCCUGAGGCUUAAAGAUAAAUGUCCAUUAUGCAAAAAUCUACAAUAAAGUCUUCUGUAUUUUUAUAUAUUCUUACCCUAUUGCAAAUUAAAGUAUGAAUAUUUUAUAUCGCUUCUCAGCAAAAAUAUAUAUAUAUACAUGCCAGUACUUCAUUGAAUGAAGGAAGGAACUAUUCCAUGAUCCAGAUAUUUUUAAGAAUCUUUUCUUUUUUGAAACCAAAUCUAAAACAGUGGUUUGCACAGUAGAAUCAAUCAUCUCCUAUAUAAUCUUUUAGUUGUAGAAUAUGCUGAUUAAAUUAUGUUUUUUUAUGUUUUGGUUUACAUUAGUGUUGCUACUGAAAUGGUAUAUUGAUACAAGAUUUAUUUUUGCAUGGUACUAUGCAUUUUUAUUACUAAAGUCUAUGCUGUAAAUGAAAAUGUCAGUUUGUAUAUAUUGUGCAAAAGAAAAACAAGAGAUGAAGUCUCUUCAUUGGCAAUUUUAACAAAAACUCAGCAUGUACAGUAUGUACGUUUUGUAAGUAAACUUGCAAUUUAAACAUUCUACUGAUACCUUUUUCACGCUGGUUUUACUUUUGCUGUUAACCAAAUAGAAUAAGAAUAUAUUUAUAUGUUUUUUAUAUAAACACACACACAUGACAUAUAUAUAUGUUUGUGUGUGUGUCAAAGUAUAUAUGUGUAUACUGUAUGUAUACACAUACACACACUCACACACAUAUAUAUAUAUAUAUAUAUUUAUAUUUGUAUUAUUUCAGUUCCAAUGGUUGAUCAGUCUAAUUCCAUAACCCAUUGACAAUCGUAGACAACUAAUUAUAAUGAAGUGGAUGCCACCUUACGAAUUUUCAAGCGGAGAAGAAUUCAAAUUUAUUUUUAACGAUCCAGCUCUCAACUUCUAAUUAAGUUGAAAUUAAGCUGAAACUCAAAUUAAUUAAGGGAUGGCACAGUGACACAGUGGUAGAAAUGCUGCCUUACAGCGCUGAGACCCGGGUUCGAUCCUGGCUACGGGUGCUAUCUGUAUGGAGCUUGGAUAUUCACCCUGUGACCACGUGGGUUUUCUUCAGGUAUCCUCCCACACUCCAAAGACAUGCAGGUUUGUAGGUUAAUUGGCUUUAGCAAAAUUGUAAAUUGUCCCUAGUGUAGGAUAGUGUUAGUGUGUAUGGGGUGAUCGCUGGUCGGCGUGGAUUCGGUGGGCUGAAGUGCUUGUUUCCAUGCUGUAGGUCUAAAGUAAAGUCCAAAGAGGAGAAUUCAACUUUAUUUUUAACAAUUCAACUCUUAACUUCUAAUUAAGUUGCAAUUUAACUGGAACUUAAAUUAAUUCAUGUUAUACUUAAAUUUCUUGUUAAAUAUUGGGAACGAUAUGUUGAUUCCCGGCAUAUUUAAACAAUACUAUUGCUUAUUUUUGCAUUGGGGAACUUGUUGGUGAUUUUGUUUUAAAAUGCUUUUUCCUUGUCAGAUAUUAAAAAAAAAGAUUAUUAUUUAAAGUACAUGAAAUUAAAAAAUACUAUGCAAUAUGUCAACAUAGAUAUCGUGUUUGAUUCUACUAUGGUUAAGUGGUUGCACCUUCAUCCUCUAGUGUAUUGGUUGACCAUCAAGUUCAAUGAUAUCAGUUGUGCAUUCUUUGCUCGUGAGCCCAAGUGUAGCUGAGAAGACCAGCCUACACAUGCUCGAGGACAGCUGGUCCAAGAGGAAAGCCCCUGUGGAAGGUUCAGAUGCUUAGGCCUUCAUCGGUUCUCUGGCUCAGUUGAUCUGGUCCCAUUUGCGACCUUCACAG